CCUCGCCUGCAAGUGGCGCUCGUUCAAUGCAAACCGCAGUAAAGAGCAGGCAAGUGAGAAGCUUAAAGGUGACGUGUGGACUUGGCUUUACUUUGGCAAGAUGUCGGCGCACGACCAGCUGGCUUUUUAUUUGUCUACAACAACACACUUGCUGUGGAAGUUGUUGUUGCCCCUGUUGUUUGUAUGCCUGCUGCUGCUGGUCCUGCUGGUCCUGCUGGUGCUGGCAGUGCGUCUGUGGCUGCAGGGCAAAAGGAGCGCUCGACUGGCGACGACCAGACGUCCAGUGGUGGCCUUCUUCCAUCCGUACUGCAACGCUGGUGGCGGCGGAGAGAGGGUGCUAUGGUGUGCAAUCCGGGCUUUGCAACAAAGGUACUCUCAUGUAGACUUUGUGGUUUACACCGGCGACCUGGGUGUUUCAGCGCAUGAGAUCUUGGAUGGAGCGCGAAUUCGUUUCAAUAUCACGCUUCGCCGGCCCAUUCGCUUUGUGUUCCUCAGGCACAGAGUUCUUGUGGAGCCCAGCACAUAUCCUCACUUCACUCUGCUCGGGCAAAGCGUGGGUUCCAUCUUCUUGGGAUGGGAGGCGCUCACUGAGUUUGUACCUGAUAUUUACAUCGAUUCAAUGGGCUACGCCUUCACUCUGCCUAUCUUCCGCUACCUGGGAGGCUGCAGCGUGGGCUGUUAUGUUCACUAUCCCACCAUCAGUACUGACAUGCUAUGUGUGGUGAGAGAAAGGAAUACCAGGUUCAACAACCCAGAUUACGUCUCCAACAACCUGUUCCUCAGCGCCGUGAAGGUGUUCUACUACUGCGUGUUCGCCUUGCUGUAUGGAAUGGCUGGCUCUUGCAGUCACCUCGUCAUGGUCAACUCCUCCUGGACACUUGACCACAUCCUAUCACUGUGGUACGUCCCCAACCGCACCAGCGUUGUCUACCCGCCCUGCGACGUCAGCGCGUUCCUGGAUAUCCCGUUGGAGGAGAACGGGGGGAAGAAAAGGUGCCACUCUAUCGUCUCCAUCGGGCAGUUCCGGCCAGAGAAGGACCACAAACUGCAGAUCAGGGCUUUCAAGAAGGUGUUUGCUCGGCGGAGAGAUGACAAUGAGACACUCAAACUGAUCCUAAUUGGAGGAUGCAGGAAUCAGGAGGACCAAGAUCGGGUGCUGAUGCUGCGGGGGCUGUGCCUGGAGCAGGGCGUGGCUGACCAGGUGGAGUUUAAACUGAACGUACCCUUUGCAGAGCUGAAGAGAGAGUUGGAGGAGGCCACUAUCGGGCUACACACCAUGUGGAACGAGCACUUUGGGAUAGGUGUCGUGGAGUGCAUGGCUGCAGGAAAAGUCAUCCUCGCCCACAAGUCCGGAGGUCCCAAGCUAGACAUAGUAGUGCCUUACGAGGGCGGCCAGACAGGCUUCCUUGCAGACGACGAGGACAGCUACGCCGAGGCCAUCGAGAAUAUCCUCAAUCUGCCACCUGCCAGCCGCCUGCAGAUAAGACAGAACGCACGGCAGUCGGUGACUCGCUUCUCAGAUCAGGAAUUUGAAGUUUCUCUCCUGGCUGCCAUGGAACCUCUGAUGGGGACAGUUGAACAAUGACACACUUUGUCUGGGACUGUUUUUUUCUUAUUUAUGGUAAAUGUGCAAAAAAGUCCGCCUUUGCUUCGUCAUUGUGACCUAAGAGGUUUUAGCUUACGGCAGACAUAUGAAACGCGAUCCUUAAAUGGGAACUGCACUUUAUUUUUGGAGUUUUGCCCAUUGUUCUCAACCAUUAUGACAGAUGUAUUUUUUUAAAUGCAUUCUAAAUAGUACAUCCAAACACCUCCAUUAAGCUUGUAUAUACAUGAUGUAAGUAAAUAUGUAAUGUAGUAACAGGCACUUAUACAUGGCGCAUUAACAUCACCUUUACUGAUUACUGCUCCCCUCUGCAGGCUUUAGGAGAGCCUCCAAACAUAAUAAAACAUCAUUCACUACUGAAGGUCUACCGUCAUUAGGAUGUCAACUGCAAGGAUGUUCAUAUAUUAUAUUCCCAUUUGAAGAAUCACUCAUAAUUGUUGGGAAGAAAAGGUGGGUUUCAGAAUCAGGAAUAUUUUAUUAAUCUCCGAGGGGAAAUUGAAAUUCAUGUCGUUCUCGCCAUUCUAAAUUUGCUGUCAGUGUACCAACUUGUCUGGAUGCGUCUUCCAUCCUUCUACUAUCCAGGUGAGAGGCAUAAUUUAUGAUCUAGAAAAAGUUUGACGAGCAAGGAAACUAGGAAGCAGCUGAUUAGUCGAUUAUGUCAACUUUGGCACACAUGCUCAUGAUCAUGGUGCCGCUAUACAGUUUGUCUUACAAUCACAGUAUCACUAAUACUUAGUCAAUACUGAAGUCACAAAAUGUAAAUGUUAUUUUUUUUAAUGGGCUGAAUAGAGAACCUCUCACUGGCUGUGCUGUAAGCAGACUGUUAUUUACGAGUUAGAAUGCAUCAAAAAAAAAAAACAUCCGUCUCAUAAUUGUGAACGAUAGGCAAAAUACCACAAAAAAAGUGCAGUUCCUCUUUGACGCACUAAAUGACGGAUUGAAUACUUUGCACUGUUUUCAAAACACACAUUUCAUCUAAAGUAGUACGACAUGUAUUUGUGUGUACUAAUUGCUGGAUGAUAAGAUGUAAAUGUACCAGUGAACAAUGAUAUAUAUACACAAGUUUGUGUAAAGAAAUUUGAUUUUUCACUUAAAUGUAAAUAAAACAUGUCAGCUUUAAA